AUGACUGUCAAAUUACAUUUGCGUGCUGAAACUAAACCAUUAGAGGCAAGGGCAGCCCUGACGCCAACGUCGGUAAGACAUUUAGUCAAGAAGGGGUUCAAGAUUUACGUUGAGGAGAGCCCACAAUCCGCGUUUUCCAGUGAUGAGUACAAGGAAGCUGGUGCCGUGUUAGUACCCUUUGGGUCUUGGAAAGAGGCUCCCCUAGACCGCAUAAUUAUUGGAUUGAAGGAGAUGCCUGAAAGAGAUACUUUCCCAUUGGUUCACGAACAUAUCCAAUUCGCUCAUUGCUAUAAAAAGCAGGCAGGCUGGCGUGAUGUUCUCCAGAGGUUUGUUGACGGGAAGGGUACACUGUAUGAUUUGGAGUUUUUGGAGGAUGAUCGUGGGGUGCGUGUUGCAGCUUUUGGAUUUUAUGCGGGCUUCGUUGGCGCAGCCUUAGGUCUCAAGGAUUGGGCGUUUAAACAAACACACUCUGAUUCUGAAGAGAUGGACGAGGUGAGUCCUUAUGACGAUGAGAAGAAAUUAGUUGAUGAUGUUAGGAGGGAAUAUUUGGAAGCCAUUGCGGCUGGUGCCAAGGAGCCUACAGUGUUGAUAAUUGGGGCACUUGGAAGAUGCGGGAGAGGAGCCAGAGACUUUUUACGCAAGUGUGGCAUACAUGAGAAAAAUAUCAAAAAGUGGGACAUGGCGGAGACUGCUGUGGGAGGCCCCUUUAACGAAAUUGCAGAAGCCGAUAUCUUCAUUAACACGAUUUAUUUGGGGAAGCCAAUUCCUCCAUUUAUCACAAUGGAUCUGAUGGAUAGAGAAGACAGAAAGCUCAGUACCAUUGUUGAUAUUUCAGCUGAUACUACAAGUCCACAUAACCCAAUUCCGCUGUACAGUGUCUCGACCACCUUCUCUAAACCCUCUCUUCAGGUGCCUACUUCAAUUGGGCCUAAGCUGUCAGUGAUUGCUAUUGAUCACUUGCCCUCUCUGCUGCCAAGAGAAGCGUCAGAAUCAUUUGUGUCAAGCUUGCUUCCCUCCUUGGAACAGCUAGGCAAACGAGACACUGCUCCAGUUUGGAAGAGAGCGAAGUUACUCUUUGAUAAGCAUUGCUCGCUACUUGAUGACAGAGCUAAGCUGUAG